UCAUUACAAUUUUGCAAAAUGGCAGUGGAUCCCAACAACAAGCAUCCAUCUUUCUCCAAUCUUCUUGAACAAGGCUUUAUCGAUAAAAUACGAAUGCCGGCUGCUUUUGUCAAAGAACACAAGAAGAUGUUGGCCAAGACAGCCUUACUGAAAACGGAUGAAGGGCUAUAUUGGGAAGCCAAGAUAGUGAAGGUGGCAUCUGAUUAUUUCGUAUGUGAAGGAGAUUGGCCACGGUUUGUGUUGCAUCACAAGUUGAAUGUAGGAGACAUGUUGAUCUUCUUUCUCCUAGACAAGUCCACCUUCCAAGUCCUUCGCUACUCAAAGAAAUCUCUUGCCAACAUUCGACAGUUUGAGGAGCUUAGCAGUUCUGAGGAUGAGAUAGAAAAUGUUGAAGAGAACAAUGAAGCUUCAAGAAAAUUGAAGAAAGUUAAAAUGGAGGCAGUGCAGUUAUCAGGGAAAAGGGUUGAUCCACCAGGUGGCUCUAAAGAUGGGGGAAAUCCAUGCUAUUCAAAUUUAGGUAAAUCUGAUGCCAAAGCUCCUGAGACUAACAAAGUGAAUGAAGUAAAAAUGGAGCCAGUAAUUCUAUCAGAUUCUGAAGAAGAGAGGGUGGAUCCAUCCCGUGGCUCCAAAGAUAGGGGAAAUCCAUGUUAUUCACAUCCAGGAGGUAAAUCCCAUGCCAAAGAUGAUAACAUGCUUGGCCUGACGAAGAAAACUCCAGAGACUAAAGAAGCGAAGAGAGUCUUUAUGGAGCUAAUAGUAUUAUCAGAUUCUGAGGAAGAAAACGUUCACCCACCCUGUGGCUCCAAAAAUUGGGGAAAUCUAUGCUAUUUACAUCCAGGAUUCAUGAUGAUAAGAGGUAAAUCCGAUGCCAAAGCUGAUAACAUGCACAGCGUGAAGAAGAAAGUUGUCGAGACUAAAAAAGCGAAAAAGGCUGCCAAGGAUCCUGACAAGGCUAAGAGCCCAGCAAGCGCUUUCUAUGUUAAGCGAGGAUGGAGGUCUGACAGGAAUCCAAACAAACCCAAGAAGCCUGCAGGUGCUUUCUUCAUUUUCAUGGAGGACUUUAGGAAGCAGUUCAAGGAGGAGAAUCCAAAAAAUAAAUCUAAGGUCCCUAUCCAUAUAGCUGGUGGAGAGAAGUGGAAGCAGUUGUCAGAUGCUGAAAAAGCUCCUUGCAUGGCAGAGACAAGGAAAUGGCUGGCUGAUUACCAUAAGAAGAAGGAUGCUUAUAAGAAGCGAGUAGCUGCUGAAGAUUCUGAUGAAGAGGAAUCUUACAAGUCACUUUUCGAGGUUGAUUAG